UCACCUGACCGCAAGUCGCUGGACAUGGCGUCUCGCUUGGUGGCAGGCCAGCGGCUGGUGCGCGCUUUGGGCCCCGGCGGGGAGCUGGAGCCAGAGCAGCUGCCCCGGAAGCUGAGGGCAGAACUUGAGGCCGCGCUGGGAAAGAAACACAAGAGCGGAGAUGUUCCCAGUGGCUCCGCGCGCCUGGUUUCUUUCCGCCUGAUCCGCGAUCUGCAUCAGUACCUGAGAGAGAGGGGUUCCACACUAUACCUUCAUGAGCUCCUAGAAGGCAGUGAAAUCUAUCUCCCAGAGGUUGUGAAACCCCCCCGGAACCCAGAGCUAGUUGCCCGUUUGGAGAAGAUUAAGAUACAGCUGGCCAACGAGGAAUAUAAGCGAAUCACCCACAAUGUCACCUGUCAGGAUUCAAGGCACGGAGGGACCCUUAGUGAACUGGGCAAGCAAGUGCGAUCAGUGAAAGCUCUGGUCGUCACCAUCUUCAACUUUAUCGUCACGGUAGCAGCUGCCUUCAUCUGCACUUACCUUGGAAGCCAGUAUAUCUUCACAGAAAUGGCCUCCUACCUUCUCCUGAACCCAGUGCCCACCUGCCUUCUCCAGUCCAUCUGGGCACUGCUGAGGCCAGCGUUCUCCAUCAGGAGUACAUAGAAUCCAGGACUUCCAAGAAGCAGACAGUACUGCCUUGAAAUUGCUCAAAUGCACAAAAUGAUGGUGACCCUCCUCAGUCCGUAUAUCCUUGAUGCAGACCUAUAAUUGAGAUCAGUAAGCUCCAAAAAAACCAAAGGAUUCCCAUUCUCCAGUUUGUGCCAGAAGAGGAACCCAUCACAGGACGUCAAAUAAGAGAAAGACGGGUUGGUAUGGAACAGUGAAAUUGGGAGCUACCUUUCUGGAAUCUUCAUUUCUGUCUUCAUCUUCUUCCUUCUGCCGGCCUUUUUCACAUUUUCUGAAUGCUUCUGCCCGUCUCUGCCACUCGUCAGCCUUCCUUAAACUUCCCACCUUCACAUCACCCUUUGCUCUGCCUCCAAAAAUGAAACCAAUUCAGAUGGCAAAAAACAGUAUGUGUGCUUUUAGUUGAAAAUCUCUGGUCUUUGUGUGUGUUGGUGGGAAGAGUAUGCCGAUGGUGGAUUGUCUUCGCUAAUAAAGGGGGGUGUUCUUUGUAAAUACGGACUGUUGUCAGGUUAGCUAUAUAUGUGAAUAUGAAGAGACGUACACGUGAAUACAGACACAUGAGUCUGUGUGCAUAUUGUUAUGUGUAAGCCUAAUGGAGGAUUUUUUAUGUAGGUUCUUAUAAUAUUUGCUGGGGUGCGAAAAAUAGUUUGUAAAUGUGCACAGUUGAGUAAUUGCUUUCCGUGGUUGCCUUUGGCCUUCACACCAUCCUGGAGGUUGGAAGAAGAAAUGGUUUUAGGCCCCUUUUCCUGAAGACAAAACUGAGGCUGAGAGAGAUCAGUUGACCGGCUGUGGUUCUUCUUCUAUAAAGGGAGCCAAAGACUUCUAGGUUGUUCUGAAGUCCCUGUGUAACAUUAAACUUCCAAGUACUUAGAUUAAUGGUAGAGUGGUAAAAUCUGUAUGCGCGUCCUUAAAAACUAUUAGCAAUAGUUAUUUACCCAAUAAAUAUUUAUUGUACCCACUGUAUUUUUAUUUCAAGUUUUGUGAUAACACAGAAGCCCAAAGAUUCCUUAGUUCUGAUCAUUGUUCAGGGUCUGUUUGUAAUAAUAUACUCCUUUCCAUUUGUUCAUGC